CUGGGUUUGGUUGAGAAAACUUCAGAGUAAUUUAGAGAGAGAGAGAGAGAUGGGUUGUGUUGCUUUGACUUCUCUCAUGGCGACAAUUGAGCUCGAUUUUCUGCAAUCCAUUCCGAGGGUAUCCCUAGAUGAUGAAUUACCAAUGAAAUUCUUUGAAAAGCUUUUAUCUUUGCAAGCUUUUCUGCAGCAGAAAUCCAUGGGUAGUGGUGCUGCGAUCCAAGAGUUGGAAAUCAAGAUCAGAGACUUCGCACUGGAUGCCGAAGAUCACAUCGAAAUACAACUCAGCAACUUCAUUCUGGCCAAGAACGGAGAUGAUCAAGAAACAGCUGCACAACAACUCCAUCAAACCUUGCUAGAAGCAGCAGAAAACGCAGCUGACUUGCUGAAAAUCAGCAACGAAUCUGAUGAUGAUGAGGCCAAUGAAUGUCAAUCACUGAUUCCUUGGUUGUCGGAUGGAUCCUUGCGGCGGCAGCCUCCAAAGCUGGAGGGCAGAAUGGUGGGUCGUCGCCAUGAUUACUUACUGGUGAAGAACCAACUCCUCUAUAGCGAUCAACGAAGAGUAAUCCUAAUUGUGGGGAUGAAUGGUAUUGGAAAGACAACUUUAGCUGCAAGCGUCUAUGAAGAUUCAUCAGUUGCAUCGCACUUUGAUGUACGAGCUUGGAUUACUAUGUCUGGGGAAUACAACAUGAGGCAAGCGCUACACGACCUUCUUUCGACACUAGCAGCAGAGCCGAAUGAAACUAAAAUGAGAAGAACUCCUCCUGUUGAUGAUGAUGAUCUACUAGCUAAGCAGGUAUCCAAAUGCUUGAAAGGUAAGAGAUAUUUUAUUGUUUUGGAUAACCUAUGGAACAAUCGAGUUUGGGAAGAUAUCCAAGGAUAUUUUCCAAAUGAUAGUAAUGGAAGUCGUAUAGUGCUAACCACUACGCACUUUGAUCAGGGUUCCUACACUUCACUUGAUUGUAUCCAUAACAUGGCUUUGCUAGAUUCAAAGGAAAGUUGGGAUUUAUUUUGUAGUAAUCCUUUUAUUGAAAAACAUAUGGCACCUAAAUUUGAAAAAAUUAGGAGCCACAUUUUGGAGAAAUGUGAAGGAUUACCAUUGUCAAUUGUUACAGUGGCACAACGUUUGUCUAAAGGCAACAACAUACAACAAGAAUGGAAGAAGGUUGAGAAGGAACUAGAGUUGUUAGGAUUUUUAGAUAGUUGGGCACUUACUAUUAGGUACAAUCAAUUGCCACAACAUUUGAAAGUCUGCUUUCUCUAUUUUGGUGUGUUCCCAAAAGGUAAUGUAAUCCGUGUCAAACAGCUUGUUAGGUUAUGGAUCGCCGAGGGAAUUUUAAAUCCAUUUGGAAAUGAAGGUCUUGAAAGUCAAGCUUAUGAGUACUUACGGGAGCUUAUUGAUAGAAGUCUUGUCUUAAUUGAAAAAUGGAGUUCUGAUGGGAAACUUAAGAGUUGUAAGAUGCAUAGUGCCUUGCAUAGCUUUUGUGUAAGAGAAGCUCAGAAGAAUAACAUUUUUUGUGCGGUAAAUACUCAGCAAUAUCCACAAGGGUCAUUUAACAUGUUUGCAAAUUCAUGCCGCUGGUUAAGUUUAUACAAACAUAGUUUUGACUAUUAUGUGUUGUUUAGAAUAAACACCCCUCGCUCCAUUUUCUUCUUUCAAAAAGAUGAUGAAAUAUCUGUACCUUUCAAGUUGUUAAGAGUUUUGGCUUCUGCUCCAUCUUCAUUUUUCCAAAGAGUGCCAACACAAUUACAAGACUUAAUUUUUUUGAGAUACCUAUCCGUAAAAGAAUGGUUUAAGGGUCUAGAUUAUAUUGUGUCAGCUAAUAGAAACUUGCAGACACUUGUUGUUUCCCGUAGUAAUGAAUCCCAACCAAGAGGACCUACUCUUCAUUUGCCUUCUACAAUUUGGGAGUCACCACAGUUACAACAUCUUAAACUUGACAAUUCAUAUGUGAUUGAUCCUCCAAGCAUGGUUAAAGAUAAUAUGCAAACAUUAUCUUGGGUGUGUCCAACUCAUUGUAGAACGGAAGUGUAUCGCAAGUUUCCAAACAUUAAAAGGUUGAAAAAUUUUGGAUUUUGCGGCAGCCCUAUUAUUUUGGAUGAUUUAAACUGUUUGGUGCGGCUUGAGAGGUUAACAAUUUCAGUUUCAUUUGGUUGCAUUGUAACCCUUCCAAAACCUUCUAUGUUUCCUUCACGACUAAAAAAGUUGUCUUUGAAUGGUACUUGCCUUUCUGAGAAGGAUUUAAUGAUAAUUGGCAUGUUGCCCCGAUUUGAGGUGUUGAAGUUGAAAAAUGCUUUUCAUGGGGAAGUAUGGGAAUUAGCAGAAGGCCGAAGAUUCAAUCAAUUAAGAUUCUUGCUUCUUGAAGAUAAAAAGCUCAAAAAAUGGAUGAUUAAUAAAUAUUCGUUCCAAUGUCUUGAACGCUUAGUUUUAAGAUUUUGUUGUUGUUUGGAAAAUAUCCCUAGCAUGAUGUAUCAUAUUAUCACCUUGAAGUCAAUUGAAUUAGAGGAGUGUGGUCCUUUUGUUGUUGUUAGGGCAUUGAAUAUUCAGGAAUUUCGACACUUUAUUUCAGACAUAAAUUUUGAGGUCAAAAUCAAGGGACCUGAAGCACAAAGCUUGGCUUGAUUGCAUAUAAUGUAUAGAUCAAAAUAUUGCUUAAGAUCAGAUUUCCCCUAAAUUAUUGUCAUCAAGCUAGCCAAGCUUCAAAUCCAGGCCAAGAACACAUACAAGAGCCAACCAUCAAGUUAUAGGUUUGCAUUAAAUUUAAUUUGGUUAUUAACAAUUAUUCUUAAUAUUAUUUAUUUUAAUUUUCUUUCCAAUUGCAUGCCUUUACUACUUUGCA